AUGGCAAAGAAACAAAAGGAAGGCCCCGUUGCUUGUGGCCGAAGCUCUCGUGGGCCACGAACGCUUCAGCCACGAUAAAUCUGUGUGUGACAUCUAGGACGGUCAGUGUCACCAGACGACUCCUUUCCGGCUUGAUGGCAGCAGCACAAGUCCCAUCAAGGCUGCGCUUUACCGCAGGCCCAAGGCGGGGAAGUCACCGAGGACUCGGCGCCGGCCGGGAGGAGCAAGAGGAGGAAGGGAAGGGAAUCAAACACGUCCUCCUUGCAACUGAGUGACGACCGAAGGAAGGAGCGAGCGGCAAUACCCUGGGCGAUGACCAACAAAUUCAUACUUAAAAUGGAAGUUGACGUUAAUGGAGAGUCCAGGUCUAUCCUAGCUACUCUCCCCUUGCCUAUUGCUGAAGUGAGUGCCACAGCCAAGGCAGACUCGGAGAAACCACGCUGCUCCAGCACCCCAUGUUCGCCAAUGCGACAGACUGUUUCAGGCUAUCAGAUCCUCCAUAUGGAUUCUAACUACUUGGUUGGUUUCACAACUGGAGAGGAGCUUCUGAAAUUAGCCCAGAAGUGCACUGUAAGCGAGGAGAAUAAAGUAGAAGCGGUACCUACUUUGCGUUCCAAACAGCUUGAUUCAGGACUUUCCCGUUCCUCCCGGGUCUGUAAAGCCAGAAGCAGAUAUUACCAGCCUUACGAGAUCCCAGCGAUCAAUGGCCGGAGAAGGCGACGGAUGCCCAGCUCAGGGGAUAAAUGCACCAAGCCACUACCUUAUGAACCCUACAAGGCUUUUCAUGGUCCUUUGCCUCUUUGCCUUUUCAAGGGUAAAAGGGCUCACUCUAAAUCCCUAGACUACCUCAAUUUAGACAGAAUGAACAUCAAGGAACCAGCUGACACAGAAGUGCUUCAGUAUCAGCUCCAACACCUCACCCUAAGAGGGGACCGUAUGUUUGCUAGGAAUAAUACAUGAAGAUACAUUGUCCUUAGUUCUUCAUUGAGUCAAGAUCAUCUGUACAAUGUUGACAGUCAUGCAAAUGGCACUUGGUUGUAUCAGCAAAGUGUUUCCGGACCAUAAUUUAUUUGAGUAAGAUUAUGAAGAUGGUGGGGGUCAGAAUAACGUGGAAGAAACUACUGAAAAAUCCUGACUGCAAAUGUCUUUAAAACACUAUUACUCAACAGAAAAUCUUGCACAUGGAUUCUUAGUUGUGGCAAUUUAACACUCAGAAAUUUAUGUACUGUGACUUGUGUUUCUGACUGGGCUUGCUGUAAGAAAUUACUCAUGGAUAAGCACUGAAAUAAACUCUUAAUUCUUAAUAUUGAACAUAUUUAUGUAUGCAAUGACUUUUUGCAUUAUAGAAAACAAAAUGUUUGAACAGGACAUGUGUUCUUUAAAAUAAUCCAGUAUACAUUUAUUGUAACUGGUUUUGCACUGGGAACGAAAAAUAUCAUUGAUAAUAUUAAGCCUGAGUACUUUCUACUUGUGUUAACUGGAGCUGACUCUUUUUUUAGUGUAAUUGAAUUACUUCUCAUAUUUCAAAUUUGAUUUCAUUGUAAAAUUUGUAAAAGUACUAAAAAGGAUUUUGAGGGAGAAAAAUGAAAAAUACUUUGAAGGUAAAUACUAAUUGACUUUAAUUUAGUACCUUCAUUUUAAAAAAAAAAUCUUAAUGCCUACAUGGGGACAUUUACAUUGUGUAUAUACAUCGUGAAAUUCUGCAUCCACAUCUGCAGUAUAUUAAUGGAGUUUUAGAUUUUAGUACUACCGAAUUACAUAGUUAUGAGGGGAGGGUCUUACCAGACCACAUUUUUAGCACUGCACUGGAACAUUCCAGUUUAUUUACAGCACUGACUACUACUUUUUAAAUCUCAAUUUCAGGCUUUGAUAAAAAGCUGUGAACAUUACAAUACUGGAGUAUGAAUUACAUUAAAUGCACUGGCUUAGAAAGUUGUUUCAAUAAAUCGUCUCCAAACAAAUCCUUAUUUAACUAUUCUAACUUGAGCAAUUUUUUUAAAAAAUCUGUAAUGGUUUCUUAGUCUCUUUAAAAUGUGCAGUUUGUUACUGAAGCAGUGUGCAACCAUGUUAUGUUCUUGAUCUGUAAGUUAUUUAGAAGUGAGUGCUUAAAUUUUGUGGGAGGGGAGCUUAAAUUUUAUGUGAAACAAAAUAAUUUAUGGAUCAUUCGUGGCAUAGUUCUGACUUUUCUGAAUGGAAAGACUGGGUUAUUUUUCUCUUAAGAAGGAAUGCAGAGAGCACAAGCUUUGGAAGCUUAGGAUUUGUCUCCUCUUUAACACCUUUCACCACAGUAAUGUCAAACUUUCAGUACAGAAUUUGUGGUUAGGGUGUGUUUUACUAUGAGGGAAUGCUCAUAAUUUUUACAGCAAGCUGCACCAUUAUAUUGUAGUGAAGAAUGAUUUCUUAAGAAACUGUUCCUACAUAGCCUUUAGUUUGACCUGAAGAUUACUAUCUAAUGCCAAAGAGAGGGGUUUUACACAUUGAUUAAACAUUAUUUAUUGAUUUACCCUAUGAAAGAACAUUGUUGGCUACUAAAUAAAAGGAUGAUGUGCAUACCUCUA